AUGCCCACCAAGCUCUUCAUCACCGGCAUCACCGGCUACAUUGGCGGCGACGCCUUCCACUGGCUAGAGCAGCACCACCGCGACUUCGAAUUCUCCGCGCUCAUUCGCACAGAAGAGAAGGCGAAGUAUGUAAAAGAGUUAUAUCCCAAUGUUCGGAUUGUACUUGGGGGUCUGGAUUAUUCAGAGACGAUAGAGAAGGAGGCUGCUUGGGCGGAUAUUGUACUCCAUACCGCGGACUCAUCCGACCAUGUCGGGGCUGCAAAUGCCAUCGCCAAAGGACUCAUCCAGGGCCAUUCGCCGCAGCGCCCAGGAUACUGGCUGCACACCGGCGGAACAGGGAUCCUAACGUACUUUGACUCCGAAGUACGCAAGGUCUACGGCGAGCCUGAUGAUAAAGUUUUCAACGACGACGAUGGCGUCGACGAGCUCGUGAAUCUACCAUCGGCAGCAUUCCAUCGCAAUGUCGACGAAAUUGUUCUCAAUACGGGCAUUCAGCACGCUGAUUCCGUGAAGACGGUCAUCGUUUGCCCGCCGACGAUCUACGGGCGUGGGAGGGGCCCUGUUUCCCUUCGGGGCCGGCAGGUUUAUGAACUUUCUUCGUUUAUUCUCAAGGAGAAGUAUGUUCCGCAGAUUGGGAAGGGGUUGGCGAGGUGGAAUAAUAUUCAUGUUUACGAUUUGAGCGAGUUGUUUGGUGCCUUGGUUCAGGCGGCGCUGGAUCCGGCGAGGAAGGAUGAUGCUGAGAUCUGGGGCGCAAAGGGGUAUUUUUUGACUGAGAACGGCGAGCAUGUCUGGGGUAAGCUUGCGCCGUAUAUAGGCGAGCAGGCGUACAAGCUGGGAUAUCUUAAGGAGCAGCCGAAGGUCAAGGAACUGUCUUUUGAUGAGGCCACCCAGACACCUGCUGGCUUUGAGGCAGCGAGUUGGGGGUUGAACUCGCGCGCUAAGGCACUGAGAGGGCACAGGGUGCUUGGGUGGACGCCGAAAGAGCGCAGUCUUGAGGAGGAGAUUCCUGAUGUUGUCGCUGCUGAGGCGUCGAGGCUUGGUUUGCACAAAUGA